AUGCCCGGCGAAGAACCUGAGAAAGGGGACAAAGUUACAUGGAACUGGGGCGGAGGCCAACCUGGAGGCACCGUCGCUGAGAAGAAGACCGAAGGCGAAGUCGCCAUCACCUCCAAGCGCGGCAACAAGGUCAAGAAGAACGCAGAGCCAAACAAUCCCGCCGUCCACAUUGAGCGGUCCGGCAACGACGUGGUCAAGAAAGCCUCUGAGCUCAACGUCGAGGAGAAAGCCAAUGGCGACGCCGGCGCCGCCGAAGCCGACGACAAAAAGGAGGAAUCCAAAGAAGAGGCCGAGACCAAGAAUGGCGAAAAGAGGAAGCACGACGACGUAGAGAAGGACGAGAAGGAAGAAGACAACAAGCAAGACGAAGCGGGCCCUCUUGAGGAGAAUGCCGAUGGCAAGACUGUAAAGGCCAAAGAGCCAGCCGCUAAGAAGCAGAAGAAGGAACCGGCGCCGAAGAAGGGUGCCGCCCCGAAGAAAGCCGAGGAGAAGAAGGAAGAGGAGACGAAGAAUGCGGAGAUGGAAGAAGAGACAAAGCCCGCAAACGACAACAAGAAGAAGGCCGGCCGACCUAAGAAGGCUGAGGGCGCGUCCGCCAAGCAGAAGAAGCAGCCGACUCCUCGCUCAGCAGACGGCAUCGGGUCUCGCACCAGGAGCCAGCAGAAGAAGGCUUAG